AUGGUUACCACAAGAAAGAAGAGUUCAGAAACCAAGGGGAGAUAUGAAAAACCUAAUCGCACAGAAAACGAGCAAGAAAGUAGUCAAGCUGUAAAUUCUUCUGUAUCCCCACUUUUAGUUUCAUUAGACUUGAGUGGUGGCUACGAUACUGAUCAGUUUGUUGACCCUCCUACUCAUGACUUCAUCUGUAGCGUGUGUCAUGGUGUCUUCAAGUAUCCAGUGCGGAUGUACUGUGGCCAUGUCUUCUGUAAGAAGUGCAUAUUGCAGUGGCUGAGAGGGCAUGAUACCUGCCCUUGCUGCAGAAAUGUAGUGAGUGGGAGAUUGAUGAUCGCAAUGCACAGACUGAAUAGAAUAAUCUGUCGUCUAAAAAUAAAGUGCAGAAAUGAAGUACAUGGGUGUCGAGUAACCUUCCCACUUUCCAAAGCAGAGGAGCACAACGUGAGUUGUGAGUAUGAGAUGAUUAUGUGCCCCAAUGAGGACUGCAUGGCUGAAGUAUUGCGUAAGGACAUGACCCAUCAUGUAGAAAUCUGCCCUUACUGGAAAGAACCCUGUUCCAUGGGAUGUGGUACUGUGCUAACCAUCUACAACCGAGACGAACACAACUGCUACCUCGCAGUAAAGCAGGAGUGGGCAGCUGAGAAGGACUCCUACAGAGACAUGGCAGCAAAGCUGAGACAAAAGAUGAAGAAGAUGCAGACAAUGGCUACUAAUCUGCAGAGACAAGUGGCUUUGAUAUGUGAGAGCCUGGAAGUACUGGAUGAAGAUGAUGAAAACAGCAGUAGUAACUCCAGCAGUGUGGACACCAGCUGAAGUGGCCAUCUCCACUGCUGUGUUCACUGGGGCUAAAUCUUUGAGGAACUAAUUAUGAUUUUUCUACUAGGAACA